AUAAUAGAGGUAUGCGUACGACAGGUUACAAAGUUUUUCUGUCAGUAUUUUUCGCUAUUUUCUCGUGAAUUAACUUAAUUAACGUAGUUUUCGUGUUAUAAACGUGUGUAAUCGUUGAUAUAUUUAUGGAAAUAUCUUGAGAUAUACAACAAGAUGAUUUUGGAUAACGAAGAAAACGAAAAUUUGUCAUCUUAUGAAUUGAUUAAUUUACAAAGCCUAGAUAGCCGUCAAUUUGGAUUCUUUAAGCUUAAUGCAACUGAAAAUGCUAAAAAGAAAGUUUGGGUUUUAAAAGCAAUUAAGUAUCUAGAACAAAUACUCAUUGAAGCUCAAACUCGAAAACUACUCGCUGAACAAAAUAAAUCUAUAGAUGAUGAUGCUGCUCCAGAAAAUCCACAGUCAAAUACAGUUGUGGAUGUUGACGAAUCCAAACAGGAGGAACAAAAUAAUGAUGAUGAAAUGAAAGAACAGGAACAGCAAUCAUCGACGACUGAAAAGGAACCAAAACCGGCAAAAGAAGAUGACAAAAGUGAAUCAGAUGAUCUGACAAUUGAUAUUGACCCAAAAACUUAUUGCAAAUUGGGCCAUUUCCACUUGUUGCUAGGUGAUUUUGCAAAAGCCUUAUCUGCAUAUCAGAAAUACAAAAGUCUGCGUUAUGAUUACUGGAAAGAUACUGCCUUUUUAUACGGAUUAGGAAUCGUUUAUCAACAUUAUAAUGCGUUGAGAUGGGCUAUUCGAGCAUUCCAGGAGCUACUCUAUGUGUGUCCGGAUUUUUUACGCGCUAAUGAGGCUCAUCUAAGACUUGGUUUUAUGUUUAAAGUUGUUGGCGACUACGACAGAGCAAUAAAACAUUAUCAAAUCGCAUUAAUUGAUCAACGAACAAAUUGUAGUUUUUCACCUUUAGAAAUAAAAUUUCACAUAGCACAUUUGUAUGAAGUGCAAAAUAACUUUAAGAAGGCAAAAGAGGGCUACGAGCAGUUAUUGGGCGAUAAACAGUUAACACAACAAUUAAAAGCGGAUGUUUGUAGACAAUUGGGAUGGAUGCUUCAUUGUGUUGAGUCAUUAGGAGAAAAACGACCACGUGAAACAAUUGCCAUUCAUUGCUUACAAAAAUCUAUUGAAUCGGACCCAAAAUCAGGACAAUCAUUAUAUUUACUAGGACGUUGCUUUGCUGGUAUCAGUAAAGUUCAUGAUGCAUUUAUAGCCUAUCGCAAUUCUGUUGAGAAGAGUGAAGGUAAUGCAGACACUUGGUGCUCCAUUGGAGUACUUUAUCAGCAGCAAAAUCAGCCUAUGGAUGCAUUGCAGGCCUACAUAUGUGCCGUGCAAUUAGAUAAAAGCCAUUCAGCAGCUUGGACAAAUUUGGGAAUCUUAUAUGAGUCUUGCGGACAACCUCGUGAUGCUUUCGCAUGUUAUUUGAAUGCAACGAAAGGAGAUAACAAUUUAAAGGAAAUACAGAACAUACAAAUUACGACGAGUCCAAACUCGAAACCUCAAAGUUUAACGCAGAGAAUUAAGUUUCUGCAGCAGAAUUUGGCACACGCUCCUAUGCCAUCAAUUACUUCUAAACGACGCCAGUUACCUUCAAUAGAGGAGGCCUGGAACUUACCAAUAAGUAACGAGAUGAGUUCUCGACAGCAACAGAAUCAAAAGGCUAAACCUAAUGCAGCACCACCACCAUAUCCUCAACAAGGUGGUGCUAUUCCAGCAAAAAGAUUCAAACAUGGAGAGGAACAGCCACAACCAAUUACAAGACCACCAUUUUACCUUACACAACAGCAAUUACAGAUGCUUCAAGUUCUACAGCAAACACCGAAUCUUACUCCACAGCAACAAAAUGUUUUACAGCAGUUGACACAUCAAUUUAAGUUGAUGCAACAACAUCAGCAGCAAUUGAGAUUACAACAAGCACAAUUAAGAGCUGGAAAUGCUAGAAGUCAACAGCCACAAACACCAAAUCAGCCAUUUCCACCACAAAAUCAAACGACUUUCCCUCCACAACAGCCACAAGCGAUUGGAAAUCGAACUCCUCAGUCAGGAACUACUGCACAAACAGGGUUUAUGAAUGAUGGGAGCUUCUCGCCUGCAACUGGACAUUCACAACCUGGCAUGCCAUUUAAAUCAGCUGGCGGAUUUCAGCAACAACAAAUUACAUCCACGACAAACAGUCAGGAUUUAAGUGUAAGCGAUCAGGAACUUCAGGCACUACUUUCUCAGCGCGAUCUCACCACAACAUUCGCUGAGAAUAUAUUGAAGCAGAUUGAAAAUGAAGAGCCAAUAGAUUCAAAGACAAAAUUACAUGAGACACUUAAUGUAGAUGCUAUGAACAAUAAUAAUAAUAAUAAUACUACAACUAAUACCCCCAAUAUAACGGCUAAUAGUCUACGAAGCAUCAAAUCACCAACGAUAAAAUGUGAGGCGACUUCAACGUCAACUCAAGCAUUAUUAAGUAAACAUGAAAUUAAAUCUGAACCGGUUGUGAAAAUUGAAAAAUUAGUCGAGUUUGACAAUAAGGUUGAAUUCACAAAUAAAAUGUCAGCAAAAGAAAUCUGUGAGGCAGUGAAAAACAUGGACAAUAGUGACUGUCCCUCAAUCUGCUCAGUUUUAUCACCUGAAUUACCACCACCCUCACCACCAGAAAAUCCCGCAAAAUAUCGUAUGACACGUGAUCAAUUACAGCCACCAACACCGUCAGUAUUUUUAGAGAAUAAGAAACAUGCAUUCAGUCCACAACUUCAAGAGUUUUGCUUAAAACAUCCAAUCGCUGUUGUUAGACAAAUGGCAUCAGCUUUAAAAUUAGAUUUGGGAUUAUUCUCAACAAAGUCGCUGGUAGAAACAGCUCCUGAGCAAUCGUGUGAGGUGAGGACGCAAAUAAGUCAAUCAGCAGAUGAGAAUUGGGAUCCACAACACAAAGAGAAGGUUUGGCCAUGUUCAUCACAUCGGUCUCAUACAACAAUAGCUAAAUAUGCAGCUUAUCAAGCAUCCACUUUCCAGGAAAGUUUAAAGGAGGAACGUGAUAAAAAUUCAGGAAUUAGUACAGUUCCGAAUUCCGAUUCAGAUUCCAAAGAUUCGUUCACGAGUGGCGCUAAUGGAAAGAAGGCACGAAAAGUGAAAAGUGGCUUUAAAAUGUUAAAAUUCGGAACAAAUGUUGAUUUAUCUGACGAACGAAAGUGGCGCGCACAGUUGAAUGAAUUGCAAAAACUUCCUCCAUUUGCUCGUGUUGCAUCAGCUGCAAAUAUGCUCUCACAUGUUGGCCAUAUGAUACUUGGUAUGAAUACAGUACAGCUCUACAUGAAGGUGCCAAAUGCAAGAACUCCUGGACAUCAGGAAAAUAAUAACUUUUGCUCAAUUAAUAUUAAUAUUGGUCCUGGAGAUUGCGAGUGGUUUGGUACAGCUGAUGCUUAUUGGGGUCAAAUUCAGGCUUUGUGCGAGAAGCACAGCACAAAUUAUUUGCAUGGAAGUUGGUGGCCAUCUUUAGAAGAUUUAUAUGCUGCAAAUAUUCCAGUUUAUCGAUUUACUCAACGUCCUGGCGAUCUUGUAUGGGUUAAUGCUGGAUGCGUGCAUUGGGUACAAGCAAUUGGCUGGUGCAAUAACAUUGCAUGGAAUGUCGGUCCAUUAACAGCUCGUCAAUUUGAAUUGGCUAUUGUUCGCUAUGAAUGGAAUAAAUUUGAGAGCUAUAAAUCAAUAGUUCCAAUGAUUCAUCUAAGUUGGAAUUUAGCCAGAAAUAUUAAAGUAUCCGAUCCAAAAAUGUAUGAUUUAAUAAAGAAUUGUUUGUUACAAACUCUUCGCCAUACUGUUCAGAUCUUGGAGCAUGUAAAACAAAAAGGAAUUGAAGUUAAAUUUCAUGGACGUGCUAAGAAUGAAGCGUCGCACUAUUGUGGCGUUUGUGAGGUCGAAGUAUUCAACAUUCUAUUUAUUCGAGAACAAGAGAAACGUCACGUCGUACAUUGUAUGGGCUGUGCCCGAAAACAAUCUCCGUCAUUACAAGGAUUUGUCUGUCUCGAAGAGUAUAAGUUAGCUGAAUUAAUGCAGGUUUAUGAUUCAUUUGUUCUUCAUAAGCCCCCACCGCAGCCAAUGUUUCUUCCACCACCCCAACAAUUACCAACAUCUCAAUCAAUACCAGUUUCACCCGUUGUAUCGUAAGUUUUUAAUUAUAAUCUAGAUUCUAAGAAUGUAGAGAGAGAGAAAAAUAAAUAUUAAAAAAAUCUGUAAAACGUGAAUGAGAAAAAUUUUGAUGAAAAGAGGACCACGAAUGACAUUUUUUAAAAUCAAAAUUUGAACUAAAAUGAAUUAAUAGAAGGAAAUUUGAAUACCUCACGACGAAUAAAAACAAAAAAUGCAGCAGGAAAAAAUAAACACAAUUUAGAUGAAAAUUUCAAAAGUUAUUAUUAAAUCAUGCCAAUCAUGACAUGUGUUCAUUACAUUUUCACACACAACUUCUGAGUUUCUUCCAUCUUGGGUUUCUGAAAAACCGCGUUUUAUAGAAACUGCAGUUUAAUUGUUUUCAUGCAAACCCAUGAAAGUCCAUAAAGAGAAAGUCUAAAAUUGUGAAAUAUUGAAAUAAUAAACAAAAAUUGUUUUCAGUUUUCGUAUAUUUUCACUAGAUUUUGUAUCAAAUCUCAAAAACCGUGGUUUUUGCCUUCAAAACUGCAGUUUUGUAAAACCGGCAACCAGAAAGUCCAUAUUUCCAUGCUUUUAAGUCCUCAAUGUUUAAAUGUUAAGCUAUAGUCAUCGAUAAGUAGCAAAAAGCUAGCUGAAUGCCGGAUUGUUUGUGUAAGAGUUCAUGCAAAACAAUGUUGACUUAAAAUUAAUGAAAUAAAAAUGUUCAUUGAGUUGUAAAAGACUCUGAAGAAGUUUUAAGUUUAACAUGUUUUCAAAUUAGUUGAAACGAUAAGUUUGAUCUGCAGAACUCACUGUUUUCAUUUAGACCUCAUUAAUGUGGAUUACAGAGACUAUGGCUUAUCACUAAGCUAUUGGGUAUAAAAACACAAAAAGUGAUCAUAGCUAAGCAUCAUUCAUACUUGAAUAAUUCUUCUCAAGAUCCUCUUUGCAUGAACUCGUCCGCAAAUAUUUAAGCUGAACAACAGUUAACAAACAAAAAAGUUUAUUUUAUAAUUUCGAAAAAAGAAAAAUAGUUUCUAAUUUAUUCUACAAUUUCAAAUACAGUAAAAGGUACGAGAUAAUGACAAAAAUAAGGCAAAUGAAUGCAAUAGAUUGAGAAAUAUUACAAUUUUAGAAUAAACUUUUUCUACCGCCAAUAAAUAAUAAUAAACAUAUGAAUUAAUAACUCAAUAGCCUUUUUGAAAAGAAGAAUAUGAAUUUUUGUACUGGGUGCCUCAAACACAUAAAAAGCUCAUUUCUACAAUUCAUACAUAAAUGAGAAAUUUAAUUGAUAACAAAAUAAUAAACAUUUUUGCAGUAAGAGGUUAAAACGAAGUUUUUAUUACGAAUAACAAUUGCUAUAAAUUCAGUAUAAUAAUAUCUAUUUCAAAUCGAUUCCUUAAUAUCGUCGAUAUUCGACGCAAAUGAAAAACGUGAAAAUCCUUUUACAUAAUAAAUUAUAUUUCCUGAGUUGGCAAACUCGAAUGACUUUUUUGCAAUAAUCCACCGUCCGUAAGUGAUUCAAAAAUUACUAAAAUCACUUGCAAAUGCCAACUUUGUAGACUAAUUCCACCGGUAAAUGGUUAGUCUCAUUCGAUUUUUUGUUUUUUAAAAAAGCGCUAGAAUUCAC